UGAACCCUUUUUUAUUACAAAUGCAUGGAUAGUGGAUACUUUAAUUAUUCAACAACUUUUAUAUUUGAUCAGAUAUCUCAAUUAUUUUGUUAGAAAAUAUUUGUAUUGUAUGAUAGUCUUGAAAGCCCAUGCAUAUGGGGAAACCAUGGACAGUCUUCUUGUGAUGAGAAGUCCAUGGGGAAACAUUGUUGUCUGGUCAAAAAGUAUAAUAGUAAUCAAUACAAGCACAAAACAUGACAUUCCAAGUGGUAUUUAUUCCCUAAGAAUACUUGAUAUAAAGAGCACAAUCCUAGCUCCAUGGACAAUAAUCCCAAUUGUGUUUUAGUGUUAAAUGUUACCACAUGGAGCGCUAAAAUCUUUGAACCAAUCGUCUAUCGCCUUUCAUAUUUUAACCAAUCAGAAUUAGUGUUACAAACAGGUACUUUAAAAACAUGGCGGCAUCAACUUGUCAGAAGAAUGCAAUUACAUUAAAAGGUUCAACGGAGACUGUUUCUGAAUUCUUUAUGUAUGGCAUCAACAGUAUAUUAUACCAGAGAGGCAUCUAUCCCCCAGAGACAUUCACUCGGGUACAGAAGUAUGGACUCACAGUGCUUAUGAGCACAGAUGAAAAACUGAAAGUUUAUCUUCAACAAGUCUUAAAACAAGUUAAAGACUGGUUACUAGACACAACUCUGCAGAAGUUAGUAAUUGUCAUAAAAUCUCUAGAUACCAAUGAAGUGAUGGAAAGAUGGCAGUUCAAUGUAGAGUGCGAUAAAACAGUAAAAACAGACAGCAAACCUAGGGAAAAAAGUGAAAAGGAAAUCCAGAAAGAAAUAAUGGGAGUUAUUCGUCAAAUUACUGCAUCAGUCACAUUUUUACCUCUAUUAGAAACAGCAUGUGUGUUUGACAUCCUGGCAUAUACAGAUAAAGACCAGGAUGUCCCGGAGACGUGGGGUGAAGCAGGGCCACAUUUUAUUGCCAACUCACAAGAGGUGCGAUUGCGUUCAUUUACAACAACUAUACAUAAAGUAGACGCUAUGGUGGCUUAUAGAAAUGAUGAUUAACACAUGAAAUCAGUGUCAAUAGGAGUAUUCUCUGGAUCAAUGAAUUGAGUGGGAUGCUAAACUUACUCACUUGGAUAUCUGUAAUGUCAUUUUCUGUGUUCUUUAAGACAAACUCAGGUAAAUUAUGUGUUCUGGUGUAUUUUCAAAGAUUGUUUGAAAUACUGUUCUCCCGGUUUUGGUCUAAUUGAUAUAAUAAGCCAGUGUAAGAGACAUCAUUGCUAUAUCCCAUUUAUAUCCCAGUACCCCUGGGCUAACGUUUUACACAAAACGAAAUACAUCGGAGUCCCAGGUAAUAACAAAUCCCCGGAGAUUUAAUUUGCCAAUUUCGCGACGAUUAUUUCUCGCGAUUUUUACCGCAAUUGCUUAAAGUGUGAAAUUAAAUCACACUCGAAAAAUACCUGGAGUACAGUAUCAAAUUUGA